GAGUGGAGCAGCAGUAUAAGAACAGAGGAGAAAGAUGUAGCUCAUCACACAAAGCUUCAGUCUCUAAACCGCCAGCUGACUGCAGAGGAGAAGCUGCUGCGCGUCUCAAACUGCUGCGCGUCAAUCAUGCUGUGCACACUUGUUCUGAGGGUUUUUUGGAUGUGUCUGCUGUUAUUCCAUAGUGGAGCUUGUUUUCCUGCAAAUAAAGAAGACUACAGAUACCCGUACUCUGUUCCUUUUGGAUCUGGUGGACAAGCUUCUCCUCGAUCAGGCGUACACGCUCGGGCUGGAGGCGCUCGUCCUCCUCUGCCGUUCCUGCAGCGUAAACCGUCUGUUGUCCUGCAAGCCAGGAGUGGCCCCCCAACAGGCUACAAUCCAACUGGAAACCAGUCCCCCUCCAAUCCUGGAGCUCCUGAAGUCCCUCCUCAGAGUGUGGUCUACGUCAGUCCUCCUGGGCAGUCUCAGCCUCACGGUGGCACAGCUGGAAACUCCGAAGUGGGUGUACCCUUGGCAGCGUACCGCCCCAUCUAUGAUCCUGCUAAUGAAGGCUACCCGUCCUGGCCUCAGCAGCCUGCAGGAGGAUUCCAGGCCUCGUUCGACCCCAGCAGCUGGAUGCCGUCUCGUUCUUUCCCAGACUUUGGCGUCUGGAGCUCAGAGGACGCCGACGGUGUGACGCAGCAGAGCAACAGCCGAGAAACUGCCCGUUUGCCGCCCCCUUUGCCGCCGUCAUCCUACAUCAUCCAGUCCAGAAACGGCUACUGGCGAGCCACAGAAGACCUCUCCCACAUGAAAUACGUCCCUGAGUACCCUGAACCACAAGUGACUAACUAUGAGGUUGUCGAGACGCCCCAGCACUCUGCGCCUGUGGCGAAAGGGUGAACUUGGUGACUCUCAGCAUGUCUACAACAUUUACCUGUGGAGUGUUUGGGAAAGUCAAUAAAAAUGUUAAUUGGAAAACUGA